GUUGACAGCAUAUGUGGCCAAAGUCUUUGCCAUGGCCAAUAACCUUGUUUCUAUAGAGGAGAAUGUGAUCUGCAGCGCUCUCAAGUGGCUGGUUCUGCACAAACAAUUGCCAGACGGCUCCUUUAAAGAGGAUUCAGCUGUACAUCAAAGCGAGAUGGUGGGUGGCGUACGUGGCAAAGGUGCUGAUGCCUCUCUGACAGCCUUUGUCCUGAUUGCCAUGCAAGAGGGCAGAGAGAUCUGUGCUGGAUCAAUUAGUAGUCUGCAUGAAAGUAUCAGGAAGGCUGUUUCUUUCUUGGAAGGUCGACUUUUACAGCUGACCAAUCCUUACGCUGUUGCGUUGACAUCCUACGCCAUGGCCAAUGCCAACAAACUCAAUAAAGACAUCUUGAUGAGACACUCCAGCCAACAUGAAGCCGGUCGGUCCUGGACUGUCUCUGGACAGCACCAUCACUCACUAGAGGCGACGGCUUAUGCUGUGCUGGCGCUUGUGAAGGACAAAGACUUUGAUAAAGCAGGAGAAGCAGUGCACUGGCUGAACAGACAGCAGUCUCACUAUGGAGGAUCUGGCACCACUCAGGCGACCAUCAUGGUGUUCCAGGCCGUGGCAGAGUAUCGCACACAGGUGAAGGACCGGCAAAACUUCAAUCUGGACGUGGAGCUGUCCGUGGCAGGAAGAAGCAAACCUGUCAGAUGGACUAUCAAAAGAGAUAAUGCACAUCUUACACGAUCAGACAGGGUGGAGAUAAACCAGGAGUUCAAUGUAACUGCUAAAGGAACUGGAACAGCCACUCUCUCAGUUCUGACGCUGUACUACGCCAGACCUGUUGAGAAGAAAUCUGACUGUACUUUCUUUGAUCUGACUGUUAAAAUGGAGGAAGUCCCCGAAAGUAAGAUUGAGUUCCUGCCCUUUCUGUGGCACUUUCCAUGCAUUUAA